AUGUCUUCGGGAAAUCAUGUUCAAACAAAACGAAAAGAAAUCUAUCGAUAUGAAGCACCAUGGAUGGUCUAUGCUAUGAACUGGUCAGUUAGACCAGAUAAACGUUUUCGUUUAGCACUUGGUUCAUUCGUUGAAGAAUAUAACAAUAAAGUGCAAAUUGUUUCGCUCAAUGAAGAAACUUCCGAGUUUAAUUCACGCUCAACUUUUGAUCAUCCUUAUCCAACAACGAAAUUAAUGUGGAUACCAGAUACGAAAGGCAGUUAUCCUGAUUUACUUGCCACGAGUGGUGAUUAUCUUCGCGUUUGGCAAAUCAAUGAUCAUGCAACACGAUUAGAAUGUUUGCUAAAUAAUAAUAAAAAUUCUGAUUUUUGUGCACCAUUAACAUCAUUCGAUUGGAAUGAAAUCGAUCCAAAUUUAAUUGGUACAUCGAGCAUCGACACAACAUGUACAAUUUGGGGCUUGGAAACUGGUCAAGCUAUUAGUCGAACAAAUCCAGUUAGUGGACAUGUUCGAACGCAACUGAUUGCUCAUGAUAAAGAAGUGUAUGAUAUUGCCUUUAGUCGUAGUGGUAGUGGUCGAGAUAUGUUUGCAUCCGUUGGUGCUGAUGGUUCUGUCCGAAUGUUUGACUUACGCCAUUUAGAACAUUCAACAAUAAUUUAUGAAGAUCCCCAACAUCAUUCACUGUUACGCUUAGCAUGGAAUAAACAAGAUCCGAACUAUUUAUCAACAUUCACUAUGGAUUCCAUGGAAGUUGUUAUACUCGAUAUCCGUUUACCAUGCACGCCUGUGGCACGAUUAAAUAAUCAUCGAUCUGGUGUUAAUGGGAUGGCUUGGGCACCACAUUCAGCAUGCCAUAUAUGUACAGCUGGUGACGAUAAACAAGCAUUAAUUUGGGAUAUUCAACAAAUGCCGAAGGCAAUUGAAGAUCCUAUACUUGCGUAUUCGGCUGAUGGUGAAAUCAAUCAAGUUCAAUGGAGUACAACUCAACCGGAUUGGAUAGCCAUUUGUUUUAAUAAUUUUCUUGAAAUCUUACGUGUAUAG